AUGACCGACGUGGAAGUGAAAUCAGAGGUUACGUUUGUUCCCAUGCUUCGAUAGGUGUAGGCCACCUAGUUGCGCACCCAACUGGCCUAAAUACCGAUUUUUCAGAAUGGAGGCGGAGACAGUGUGCUCGAGCCGGAGAAUCUUCGGAAAAUUUUUGUCGGAGGACUUACGUCAAACACCACCGACGAGAUGAUGCGCGAGUUCUACUCGCAGUUCGGAAGUAUCACCGAUAUAAUCGUCAUGAGAGAUCCGACUACCAAAAGAUCCCGAGGAUUCGGAUUUGUUACCUUCACCGCUAAGACAGAAGUCGACGAAGCCAUGAAGCAACGUCCGCAUGUCAUCGACGGAAAGACUGUUGAUCCAAAACGUGCCGUUCCACGUGACGACAAAAAUCGUUCCGAGUCGAACGUUUCGACAAAGCGUCUCUACGUUAGCGGUGUUCGUGAGGAUCACACAGAGGACAUGCUUACCGACUAUUUCUCGAAAUUUGGAACCGUUACUAAAUCUGAAAUUAUUCUCGAUAAGGUUACUGCGAAGCCACGAGGAUUCGGUUUUGUCACAUUUGACGAUCAUGACUCUGUUGAUCAGUGUGUGCUUCAAAAGUCGCAUAUGGUUGGUGGGCAUCGCUGCGAUGUUCGAAAAGGACUGAGCAAGGACGAGAUGAGCAAAGCUCAAAUGAAUCGUGAUCGUGAAACUCGCGGUGGAAGAACUCGUGAUGGACAGCGCGGAGGAUACAACGGCGGUGGUGGCGGAUGGGGCGGACCAGCUCAACGCGGAGGAGGACCAGGAUGGGGUGGUCCAGGAGGAGGCGGCCAAGGUGGAUACGGAGGAGGUAAUUAUAAAAAAAAGAAUGACAUCUCAACUGAAAUAAUUUGAGUUUCAGAAUACGGAGGCUGGGGACAACAAGGUGGAGGCAGCGGCUGGGGAGCCCCUCAGCAGCAACAAGGAGGGUGGGGUGGACCUCAGCAAGGUGGCUGGGGAGGACCACAACAAGGAGGCUGGGGAGGUCAGCAGCAAGGCGGAUGGGGAGGACAACAGCAGCAGCAACCGCAACAAGGAGGAUGGGGCGCUCAACAAUCUGGUGCUCAGCAAUGGGCUCACGCUCAAGGAGGAAACCGAAACUAUUAA